CUGCGGCGCGCUGAGGUGCGGGCGGCGGCGGCAGCGGUCGGCUCUGACAGCGCCGCCGGGGUAGCGCCGGCGGCGCCGGACCCUCCGCAGGCCCUCGGGGCGGCGGCGGCCGAGCCUCCCCCAGCCCUGCACCUUGCGGCGGCGGCCGAGCCCCCCGCGCCGCCGAGGCCGGCGGGGCGGCGGCAGGAAGCGCCGCUCCCCUUCGGCGGCGGGGCUCCCGGUAGCCCAGCGCCGCUGUCAGCCGGGCGAGCGCCCGCGGCCCCGGAGACCUCCUCGGCAGCGCGGCGCCCGGCGCCACCCGGUACAUGGAUUACCUGAAAGCAACAAUAAACUACUAUGUCUGAAUGUAUCCAGCUCUCAUUUGCUGUUUGUAGAAUUGGCAUUUACACGUGUUUCAGAGCACUUUGCUGCAAGGGACCGCCACCACCACGACCUGAAUAUGACUUGGUUUGCAUAGGCCUCACUGGUUCUGGCAAGACAAGUCUUCUGUCACAGCUUUGCAGUGAAAGCCCGGAGAAUAUAGUGUCUACCACAGGUUUUAGUAUAAAAGCUGUGCCAUUCCAGAAUGCCAUCUUGAACAUAAAAGAACUUGGAGGGGCUGACAAUAUCAGGAAAUACUGGAGUCGUUACUACCAAGGAUCCCAAGGGGUAAUAUUUGUAUUAGACAGUGCCUCCUCUGAAGAUGAUCUAGAAACUGCUAGGAAUGAACUGCAUUCUGCUCUCCAGCACCCACAGUUAUGUACUUUGCCAUUUUUAAUAUUGGCCAAUCAUCAAGACAAGCCAGCAGCUCGCUCCGUACAAGAGAUAAAAAAAUAUUUUGAACUUGAGCCACUUGCACGUGGAAAGCGCUGGAUUCUUAAACCCUGCUCCUUGGAUGAUAUGGAGGCAGUAAAAGACAGCUUCUCCCUUCUGAUAAACUUGCUAGAAGAGAGAGACUUCGAACCUUCAAGAAUGUGAAACGCAAGAGAGAAGAGUGGUUCUCCAGGCAUCACUGUACCUGCACAUUCUGCUCACAGCUUAAUUAUGGUGUGGUAUCAAGACUGUACUUUGAUAUGUUGUUUAUACAGUUAGUGCAGAAUGUCCUUUUGUUAAAAUAAAUAUUCUGUGAACCAGGUACACAACUAUUUCCAGUAAAGUUGUCUACACUACUGAAAUAGGGAGUUGCUCUUUGUUUACCACUAUUUCUGCACACCGCAUGUUGCUUUCUUGUGUUGCGAUCAUCCUUGAUAGGAAACUUUACACGCACAAAAAUAACAUAAUCUGUAAAGGAGGAAUUCUGUCUACUACCUUGGUUUUUAAAAAAUAACUAAUGUCUUAAGGAUUUGUGAGACUAACUUGUAUUAGCUUGUUUACUGACCCCACGAUAUGGAAAGCACAGCCACUGAGAACCUUAAUAGGAUACCUUAAAGGCAGGCAGUUUCAUGUUAAUGCAAAGGUUAGUCCUGAAGUUUUUCUGAGUGAAAAUACAGUUAAGUUAGUUGAUUCCUCUUCUAAAGUCACAGCAUAACCUUGUCAAAGGCAGAACCAUUAUUUUGCUGGAAGUUUCCUGAAAGGUAAAUUAGCAAACAGGUGUGUGCACAUAACAGUAUUUGGGAAAAAUAGGUGACAGGUGGUCUAAGUAACAACAUUUUUAGAAAACAUUCAAAGUUGGAUACAGUAAUAAUUUUCAUUGAAAGUAGUUUUCCGUAAGAGAAGCAAAGCAAAUGUCUGUUAAUUCAGCUGUAGUUAGAAGUGUGACUGAUUUUAAAUAAGGAUUGCUUCCUUUAUCACUCAGUCAUGGAGUACUACUGUUAUCGUAACAUUGCCAAGGCAUCUAUACCAUAAUUAAGGGCCUUCCAGUGUUUGUACUAUAAGCUUCUCUUUUCAAGGGUUUAUAACUUGUUCUUUCAAACUUCCUCUGGGCUAGAUGUUACUUAGAAGACAAAAAAGUAUUCAUUGGGAACAACAUUUGUAAUACAUUUGGAAAAAUCCCAUUUGGUUCCAGUAACACAGUGUAUAUGUCCUCUUUCCAAGUUUUCCCUGUUGUAGGUUUGCAGUUUUUUGGCUGCCUUUUGCUGAUUUUUUUAAAACCUUAUAAACUGAUUUUGUCCAUUAAAGAAACAUGCCAGGUCACUUGUUCACCAUUAAGUCAGUCACAACAGGGUAUGUGCAGAUCAGCCGCUGAACUGGUGCACACCUUGAAUGUUGAGACUUGUGCAUUCAGCUACCCUUGUGCAUGAGUGUCUGCAAACACAAACUGUAGUGAUGUGUCAGUGGUUCCUCAUCGAUUCUGCUUGUUUUGAAACAGUAACUCCUUUUUUCAAGGCUUUAAGCAACAUAGCUUUCCACUCCGAGCAUUUAUUUUUUAAGUUUGAAGGUUAUUGUAGUUUCUCACUAGUUUAUUUGGGAAUAAGGAAACAGCAAGGAUCAGCUUUUAAAGGCAUAUAAAAGCUAUUUCUCUAUUACUUGCAAUUAUACUCUUUGUUAAACAAAAUGGUUUUUCUAGUUUUUUGUUUACUUUUCAUUUUCCAUGGAUACCUUGCAUUGCUCCCUCAGAAUUAUAUCUGUCCAAAUGCAUGGCCUGAUGAUCACUGGUUUAACUUGCCUUGUAUUAUCAGAAAGAGGCUAGGAAAACUGGUAAGCUCCUUGCUUAAUUUUGCGAUAGAAUAGGCAGAAAGCCUGAAGGGCAUCUCUUCUUGCUUUGUUUUUCUUCUCUUUCCUGUCAGGUCAAUUGCCGCACUCCUAAUACUCUUGGAAAUACCCAAGAACUGGAAUUGUUUAUUUCAAAACACAGAGAGGAACCCUAUGUUGGUUUGGUUCUCUCUGCACAGUUUAGAUGGGACCCAACUGCCCAUCAGUUUCUCUUGUAUGGGUUGAGGAGGCUCCUUUCCCUGGAUUUAAAGAGGAACUGAAUCUAAUUUACAGUUCCAAACUCUCUCUUAGCUGACAUGAGCUUAGAGACUACAGAGUCCCCAGAUUUCCUCAUGGUCCCCAGAUUUCUGUCCUGUUUAGGGACAAUGACAAAUUAGAAGUGGUGGGGAGGAGUGAGAGGAUUAUUUCCCACAGAAGGCAGGCAGUUUGGGGAGGCAAAAAGAGGGAUUCAGAGCUUUUACUGCUUUUUCAUUGAACAUUAGUUAGAAGAUGAGAGGUAAAUUUUUUUUACUGUUUUUCCCCUUCUUUCCCAUAUUAAAGUUAUGGACCAAAAGGUACAGCAAAUGAAAAUAAGCCCAACUGUAUUGCAUUCUUAAAAACUUAUUUGUACCAUCAGUGAGUCUGGUCCAAAAAUUUCAGAGUUUCCGAGUUACAUUUUGGUCGUGAUUUCCCAACUAUGCACUGUUGGACAGUGCUACAUGAUUAACAUGCAAAAGACCCAAGUAGCUGAUGAGAACAUGGCUUUGGCAUAUGCCAGUGGCUACUUAGACUAGGACCUUUUGAUGCUUAAUGCUUUAUCUUUAGGAAAAUGCCAACUGCACAGGAGCAGUGAUUUUUUUAUUUUUUUUUUCAGAAUGAUUUUGAAUAUGCUUUUUCUUACUAAUACAGUGAUCAUUCCUCACCACAGGUUGAAACAAUACCUCAUAACUGCUUAGGCUAAGACCAAUGCUUAACUUUUCUUUGAAUGUAGUUCUUCUGUGGUUUUGUGUUGUGGAUGGACUUAAUGGAUGUGUACCCUUUUAAUGUCUGUGAACACCUUCACCUUUUUAUGGAGGAAUUAAAAAUGUUCAUAGCAGCGCACGUCGCACUUCCUUCUCUAAAGUGUUGUUGAAUGCUCUGGCUAUGGUAGAAUAUGUAAGCACCAUGCAUUUUUUAUUCAGAUGACCAUCUCAAUUGUCUCUUUUUUUUUUUUUUUUUUUAAAUCUUCUUACAUGUGUUCAUCAUUUAGGUGAAAUAAACUUGGGCACUAGGCUCUACUUUCCAUGCAAGUUCAUUAAGGAGUGAACAUUGUCUUUUUAAAAAAGAUACUGUGCUUUAAUGUUCUUUAGCCAUCUGUUAAAUUACUUUGUGUGUGUAUGUGUAUGCGCCCACAUUGGGCUUCUUCUCAGACCUGUGGCUGUCUGCAGUGUCUCAGCCGUCAGAAUGAAAACAUUAUCAAUCAGUAUCCAACAACAGCUGGUUUUGACAAGCUUCUGUCUGCUGCCUAAUGCUUUACAACUUGUCAAUGAGACCUCUUUGUCUACUUGCUCUGAGCCGGUAAUCUUACUACUUCCAUGUUGUGUCCUGUACUUGUACUUCUAGCAUUUGUAUGGAAAAAAAGUUAAAUCUUAGUGGGUUUUUAUAUUCUUUCUUGCUGUAUAAUGCUCAAUGUGUAUCUUAGCUUGCCUCUUCAAAUGCUCUAUACAAAAAUCUGUGAUGUAUUAUUUCAUUUAAGUUCUUGCAUUUCAUUAUAUUUAUAGAAGUUGCAGAUUUUUGUACUGUAUUAGUUAAUACAGUUGCCUUUUUGUAAUGGCAAUUAAUUUAUAUUACAAAAUUUUGUAUCUUUACUGUAGUCAGAAGUAUUAGUUAACUGCCAUAUUAUCUUGACUUUAUACUAAAAAUACAGUCUAUACGCAGAAGCUGACCCAUUCAAGUGGACAACUGCUGACAUGAGGAACUUCUACUGUUUGUGAUUUAUACAUGAUUUCCACUAUCAAAAAAAAAAAAAGGAAAAAAAAAGAAAAUAAACACUGUGUAGAGUUGAGUUGCUAAGUUUGGAUUUCUUGAUAGUAGCCAGUUUGGCAGUGUGGUGUAUUACCUUGAUUUAGAAUCUUCAAGAUAAAUUAUUUACUCCUAGAUGAAAACAAAUAUUACUGUAUAAUCAUUGCUAAAUUAUAAAUAGUUACACAUUUACACACACAGAUAUAUAUAUAAAAAACAAAACUUCCAAAUAUUGGCUGAUUUAUUUCCACAGCAAGAUGUUGUUACUCUGGAAAUAUAUCAAACAUAUUGUGGGAUUAUUCGUGGAACAGAGAUUGGAAUCAUCAUCACACAGUUAUUCCAUAGUGUUAAACUGAGGGACAUUGUUUAUAUGACUAGAAAUUAUUUUUAAAUCAGUGACAUGACAAAGACAUAUACCAAAAAAAAAGCUAUAGAAGUUGAGCAAAGGAAAAUACUGUGGGAAAAAUAAAAGCUUGCUGAGACAACUCAAUGUUAUAUGAUCAAACACUCUUUGAGUAGAAGAGACUCUCACAAUGCAAGUUGUAACAGCUGAUGGAAGUACAGCGCUGCUGAGCCAGGCUGGAGUUGCUGAUUCAGCUACUGAGGUAUGCUUUUUUCAUUUUAUUAUUUUAAAAUCUGCCUCUUACCAAGACUAGGAUGGAAAUGAAGGAUUUGUAAACUCAGAAUAUUUUUUUAAUUCUUUUGUUUCAUAUAAAUAGGAACUGAAAAUCUGCUAAUCAUGGCUCAUUUGAUAGCUCUUGAAAGAAUUUUCAUUAGCUCAUUAGCCCUUUGACCUAAUAGUUCAAACAAAUAAAAACAUCUGUUUGUGUCAGCUGUAGGGUGAGCCAUCCAGGGCCUAGGUUAACAUGAGGAUGAGGGAGAGUCCCCCAUAUCCUACAUGAAAACAAAAACCAUACCGUUUUCAGUAUCUGCAGUUGAAAAGAACCCCUGAAAUCAAGUAGAGCUCCUGAAUUCUAUUAGGUGAAGAGACUGAAAAAGAUCGUUACCCUUCUCAAUCCUCAGCCCUCAUGGGUGAACUGACUAACUUCAUUGUGUGGGUUGGACUGAAGAUCAGGGCUAAUUUAACUAGUUCUGAGACAUUUAUGCCUAAUGCUAGCUGCUUAUAAUGUAUUUUAGCUUUUUUCACAGCUAUAUUUAGAGAAGCCAAAGUAUGCUGUAUAUAUUGCUUGUUCAUUCACCAGAUUUCAUGGGAAAAUGUACUAUGUGGUAUUCUGGUGGGUUUUGGUGGAAUAUAUUCAGGGCAGCCUUGUUUGUGGAGUGUAUGUUUGUGCAUCAAGCAUGUUCAGCAGUUCUAUUUAUGGUGUCUUAUAUAUGCCUUAAUUUUUUAAUCACUGAAACGGUCUAGAAAAGGCAGAUACUCAAAUGUGAAUAUUGGUGCUAACAGUAGCCUGUGCAGCUCCAGUUAUCUGUGGCAGUAAGGUAGGGAGAACAGAAGAGAGAUACUUUAAUCAUCUGGUUGUCAGGUUUACAGUAAAUCCAACAAAAGUGUUCAGCAAAAGGUCCUGUGCUGGUUUGGGAUGAUUAUGGAAUAUUAAGAGGUGAUUUUGUGAAGAGAAGGAAUGACAUAAUCCAUGGCCAGCCAUACUACUAUUAUGGGAGUAGCGGGACUCCUUGCCUGAAAAUAGUCUAGUUUUGGUAAAGACCGUAUUUGUAAUGAAAAGCUGUUGUAUAGUUAAUUUCUAAGCACAGAAAAAUUUCUUUACACAUGAAAAAUCUGUGCAUAUAUUUGAGAACCUGCCCACAUGCUAAUAAGUAAGAGGCAUGAAUUGUACCUAUUAUGCUUGUGUGCAAUAUAAGGAAAGCCAUUCACAAUUAAUUUUCUCAAUUCUCACUGUUAGAUUGUGAGCUAAAACUGACAAGAAAUAAAACCAGCUAUCACAGCACUUCUUUUUUACCUGUCACCUUGAAAUAGCGAAAUGCUGUUGUUCAUUUUUAUUACUAUGCCAUGUAACUAUAAUUUAUUGCAUUUCAGUGUGCACUGGAAAGUAUUUGCAUGUAUUAAGUAAAACAAGACAAAAAUAAAUCCUUUUGUGGUUUGGCAA